AUGGAGCUUUGGUCUAAAAGAGAAUUUUAUAAUUCACAAGCCAAUUCAAAACAUCAAAUAUUUAUUAACAAUUGAGUCGAGAAAAGUGAUGGAUCAGAAACAGAAUGCCCAGCUGAUACUUUCUACUUUCCGACCCCAAUGAACUUCCCAGAGCUCGGUAAUCUCGAUCUCAGCCAAGAGGAAAGUUAUAACAAAUCUUGCGUAAGAUCCCCUCAAAAGGAGUACACCAAUAAACAUAGUAAAAAUGAAAGAAAAUAUAGCUCGAGUUCUUCUGAUAGAAGUAGCCAUCAUGACCAAAAGAAAUAUAGAAAUAACCCAAAAAGCUCAUAUGAAGGUCCUCAAAUGUUUGAGUAUCUUAAACCAGUAAAAGGGCAAACGAGAAAGAAUCCUCAUGAAGAUUUCGGUGAGGAAAAAAAAUAUGUUAAAGAAGUCCAUAAAAAGCAUCAUAAAAAGCAUAGAGAAAGAAAACAUUCCCAAGCCUUAAUCAGUUCAAGUGAUUAUGAAAAUAGUAGUCAAGAAGAUGUACGAAUGAAUCAUGCUAAGAGGAACUCUAGGCAUAAAAAGAGGCAUGAGUCUGAUUCUUCAAAUUCUUCAAGGUCGGGCUCAAAUGACUAUAAAAAGAAAAAACAUCAUCACAAACAAAAAGCCAAAGGUUUAGAGUAUAAGGUGGAUAUGCUUUUAGAAUUAAUGGCAAGCGGCUUUCUUGAUAAAAAGCAUAAAAAACCUAAAAAGCCACCACAAGCAGAGCUCUUUCCUGGGAUUAUUAGUUUUCCAGCUCAAAAUGAGAAAAAAAGAUAUGAAGAUUAUGAAGAAGUAAAGAUAAACAAUCAUCAAGAAGAAUUGCCUGAGGAUAAUAGGAAACUUAAUAUUGGCCAAUUUCAAACUGUCGUUUGCUUAAUUGUUGGAGAAACAGGGUCUGGAAAGUCUACAUUCAUUAAUUCUAUUACCAAUUUUUUCAGAGAUGGAACUCUUAAAAAUAAAAAAAUUGCCAUACCCAAUCAGUUUUAUCCUCAAACUGAGCAUGAUUUUAAUCAAUCAGAAAAUGGUCAAAAUCAAAAAGCCAGCCUAACGAAUGAUUGCAAUAGAUAUGAUUUUGAAGACGCUAUGAGUGCUAGCCAAUUUACAUUUAUAGAUACUCCUGGACUAAGUGACACUAGAGGUGUAGAGCAAGAUGACAAAAACAUAAAAAAAAUUAUCCAAGAAAUUAAAAACUACGAAGAAAUCAAUGCAAUUAUAGUAGUUCAAAAUGGAGGUGCAGCCAGAAUAACUGCAAGCUUAAAAAACUCAAUUGUUAGAAUCAUAAAUGCUAUUCCAAAAAUGGCUGAGGAUAAUAUAGUUUUAGUUCUUACAAAUUCUCCCUAUACUCAUAACUUCGAUGCUGGCGCUCUUCAAUUAAAACCGCAGAAUACAUUUUUGAUAGAUAAUGCGUGCUAUAACAUUCGUUUUGAAGAUAUUAGAAAGUCUGAACUAGCUGGUUUUCAAAUAAAUUGGGACCUUUCUAUGAAAAAAAUAAAAGAAAUAGCAGAAUUUGUAUGCAAAAUGGGUAAAUUUAAUGCUAAAUGUUUUCUAAUGAUGAACGAAAAAGUAGAUAAAGCAAAGCAAGUCUUGCACGAAGCGAAAACAAGACUCUUUAAUCUUUUUGAACUAAAGGCUGAACUUGAUGAAAUUAUAAUGCAGAAAGAGUCAAAAUUAAAAAAUGCCAAGGAUUGCGAAAAUUAUACUCAGACUAAAGAAAUAUCUCAAACAGACUGGCAAGAUGUUAGUUACCACAAUACUGUUUGUGGCAAUGAUGAUUCUUUAUGCCAUGAUCAUUGCGGAUUGGAAUUUCAACCAACUAAGAAUACACAGCAUUUUACUCAGUGCGCUUGCAUGGGAAGCGAUCUUAAAUGUACAAAAUGCAAAUGCGGGCCUGAUAGCCACUAUCAUACUAAGAGAAUUCCUGUAAAAACGACCAAAAAAGUUACAGAAGUAUUGCAAGAUUUAAAGAAUAAAUACGAUGGCCUUAAUUCUGAGGCAAACAAGUUAUCAAAUAAAGAGGAAGAGCUUGAAAAUAAUAUAAAAAAUGUUGAAAAAUCAAUAAGGCAGGCUAAAGAUAGAAUAAAGGAAGCAAUUAAAAAGAUAAAGGAAGUUGCUCCUCGCUAUAAUAUAUCAGAGGAAAUUGAUUGCUAUAUCAAAAUUGAAGAAGCCCAUUUGAAAGAAGAGACAGACCCUAAGAAGAGAGCUAAAAUCUAUUCUAGCAUUCGGGCACUUCAGGAUAUUUACCAAAGUCUUAUUCUUUAA